GUGUUAAAACCCGCUGGUCUUUAGACUAAGGGCUCAGAAUUCACUUUUGGCGCGAAUAUUUAUAAUAUGGUUGGAAAAGCAAAGUUCAACAAAGCGAAGUUCUAGAUAUUUUCCUACCAAAAUCAUGGCGUCUGCUGUAGAUGUUUUACAGUCUUUUGCGUCGAAUAAUGACUUAUUUGAUGCCGAGAUAGGGGAGGAAAGCAAUGGCGCGGAAAACGGCGUCCCUUCGGAUACAGAGGAAAAACCUUUGAGUUCUACCUCUGAACAUGACUCGAACGAGGAAAACGAAGCCCCAGCUAACGAAGGCAGUGAUUCAGAGGACAAAGAUAAAGAUGAAUUUGGGGGCUCGAAUACCAAGGCUAAGCGUGGGAACAGGUCUCCAAAACCACGGAAAAUGAAGAAAGCUGCAAUUCAGUUAAUUCACAGUGAAAGUCAGAGAAUGGUCAGAGAAUCUCUUCUAAAACUGCCUUAUCAUCAGCCGGAGGCCAAACCAAUCUCACAUUUCCUCAAACGUGUGCCAAUUAUUAAAGAUGAGCCUAUUAAAAAAUCUAAUAACAAAAAGGCAAGCCAAGAAAAUCAAAGUGUUGUUGAUGGUGACAAAGAUAAUGAAGAGAUCUCCGCCACUCCUCUUACUGUGAUUAACACAGAAGCAAAAAAUAUUACACCAAAGCUUAGCACGGAGGAUGAUCCAUUCUUCUUUGAAGAGACACCAACUUCAAAACCUCCGAACAAGGGGAUACAGAGUCUAAUGGAGAGGUUUAUGAAGCAUGCCACUAAGCCAUCUCCAAAAAUUAAGAAAGCAGAGAAAACAGUAGAGGAGGCGAAAUCACCAGUAGCUGCCCUGAUACCAGAGGACAACAUUGACAAAUCCACCCCUGGUGCUAGACUAAAGAUCCUGAAGGCACAACUGGAAUCAAAGAUGAAGCAACAACGAGCAAAGUUAAGGCAGAUCCAUGAAAGCCAACGGAAACUAGAUGAUGAGGAAAUGAGUGAGGAGGAAGAGGAAGAAGAUAUUACGGGUGAUGAAUCUGACUCUGAUGGUGAAUUAGAUAAGUGGAAUGAAAUAGAUGAACGCCGACAAGAGGAAGGAAUCAAUUUUAAUGAUGAUGUCAAAACAUCCAAGUCAGAAUUUGUAGAUGAUGAGGCUGAAGAUGAUGCUGAUGAUGAUGAUGAUUAUGACUAUCUUGUUGAUCAUGCAUCUGGAUCUGAUGGUGAUGUGAGUGACGAAGGAAACUGUGAUGGUGAAGAUGCAAGAGGCAGCCAUAAAAUGUCUAAAAAUAAGAUAAAAAAGUUAAAAAAGUCUUUUAAAUCCAUCAGCAACACCAAAUUAGUUAUACAAAACAAUGAUGAGCAGACUAUAGACUUGUUUAACGAUUCAAGCUCAAGUAGUAAGUUAUUCAACAUGGAGGGUGCUAGGAGCUCCAAGCACCACAGUGAGGAGUCUGAAGGGCUCUGCCUACGCCUCGAUAGCAUUGAAGAUGAAGAAGAGGAGGAGGAGGAGUUGACCAAGCUGAAGGAGUUUAAGACGCCUGCUCCAGUGUCAUCCACAGAGACAUCUCAGUCAAGUUUGGCAAUCACAUCAGAUGCAGAUGGCAGUAACGAGAGCAGUAGGAUCCAAGCGGCACAGGGUGGCGGCCACAUGAUGCGUGAGAGCGACACUACCUCAGAACUGUCCUCUUUGUUUCCACACUUUGCCGAUCGUGUGUCAGAUUCCUCUAGAACUCAUGGCACCCUCAAAACGCCAGGAAAACUUUCGCAACUCACCUUACCAAUUGAAGACUCACAGGAUCUUUUUGAGAAAAAUGAUGAGAAGCAACCUACAAGUGCAACAGGGGCUUCGCAAUCAGAUGGUGCUAAUGACUUCCACUUUAGUCUAGAUGAGGACACUCAGUUCACCCAAAUGCUGGACACACAAGGGUUCCUUUAUUCCUCCAAGAAACCAAAGAAACCCAAAACCUUGUUCGUCUUUGAGGACACCAACAAGGAUGAUGAUGCUAUGGACGAGAUUCUUGGCCUAUGUUCUGGAAAGUUUGGUGGUGAUGGUGCCAUCUCACAAGCUCCAAGACCCACUCAGGAUCCCAAUAUGGAUGAGAUAAUAGGACUCUGUUCAGGACAGUUCAGUGAUAGCCUUCCUCAGGGUUCAUGGAGCAAAAAGGGAUUUAACUUUUCCGGUUCUCAAAGCAGUUAUAGUAAGAGUUUGCAGGUUGAGGGUGAGGAAAGUAAAGAAAAAGCUGACGAUAAUGAUAAGCCUGAAAAUGAUAAUGAAGAUGUUGGGAGUAAAGAAUACUUAGAUGAAAUUCAAGAUGAUGAUAUUGAUGACAUUGAUGAUAAAAGUGGUGAUGAGGAACUUAUCAGCAAGCAAGGGAAGACUAAAAAGGUUUUCGACAAGAUGAAUUUCUUGGAGGAGGAAGCAGAGUUGUCAGGAAGUGAUGUUGGUUCAGAUGAGGAUGAGGACAUCAACACGGAUGAUGAUGAACUUGAGGAAGACUCGGAUCAGGAAGAGCUUCCAUCAGACCACGAACUCCAGAAACAGAUCAACAAAGUUCACAUGAAAACCAUGAUGGACCAAGACAAAGCAGAGCUGCGCCUGAUGAAGGAGAUGUACCUGCAGGAUGGCGAUCUGUUCACUGAUGGGGAGGGAAGGAAAAGGAACUUCCGUUGGCGAGGCAUUGACCAGAACUCACAGCUUGACCUGUUUGACAAGCGACUGUGGGGUGACGAGGAUGGUGUCAAUGUGGAACUCUUAACGGAAGAGGAAAGCAAGAGAAGAAAGGAGAGGUUCGAGAGAGAUACAUUCCUUAGGGAGGAGUUGAAAAAGGGCAGAAAUGAGAACAUGAUCCAUGACACAGACGAGAACAGUCAGAGCAUCUUGAACAUCAUCAAGGACACCAGCAGUACAACAGCGGCAGCAACAGUAACGCCCAAAGCACAGCAACAGCCUUCCAGACAUUUGAAGGUCUCUUCCUGUCCCAAAUUACAGAGAAUUCCGUCUCAGAAGGGAUCGUUCCUUAAUCGUAGCAAGGCCACUCUGAACAGGCUCUCCUCUAUAACGGCCAACACGCCGAACGCGUCAUCCUCCGGGAGAACCUUCGUCUUCCAGGCCGUGUCAGACAAGGACAAAGCUGAGAGUAACCCCAAGAAAAUGCCUCGGACUGUCUCGAUGAUAGAACCUGCCGCCAAGAGACCGAAGCUCGACCGAAGUUUGAGCGAUGCUGCGAAAGGAAGCAUCUUCGCAAUGUUAUAGUCCUCCGAUGUAACACCGAGUAUCCCUAAAUAAGAUCAGCAAAAAGAAGGACCUCAUGAACGAAAAUUUCUGUACAUAACAAAUGACGCCUAAAAUUGUAAAUCAUAUGCUCACUGGUUUUAAAUUUAUAUGUGACUAAAACUGUUUUACGCUUUAUAUUGUAAUAAAAGCUGUAGAAAAAUA